GUUAUAGGUAGACAGACACACAAACCUCUCUCCCACAAAACGUAGUUGAAACCCCAAACACACAAAAGAGAAAAAGAAAGACUCGCCGAUAUUCAAUAUUAUACCUCAUUAUUUACUCUCCGCAAUUUCUAGUUACUGACUUCCAUGGUAAAUACGUAGACAGCGGAGAUACAGAUUAUUUUGGGUUUCGUAUAUUAUUUAAUUUUGAGGAUUAUGAAUGUGUUAGCCUAUCAGUUUUCACUAUGAAUACCGUACCUAAGAAAUCCCUUGAAGAGACGUCUUCAAAGCAUCCACAUCAAGAUUCAGUUUCAUUGCCAAAGUUGAUUUCACCAGUUUCGAUGGAUCACCAUGUUCCUCAGGAAAUAGGUCAGGACUCUCGGGCGGCGAAGACACUUCGUUUUGAAGCUCGUGAUGCAGAUAGAAGAUCUCCUCUUCAUUCUGCUUAUCGGAUGCCAAUGACUUCAAAUGAUUCUCCUCAGGCAGAUCAUCCCAUUGGUACUGAGAACAGGACAGAAUCAAGGGAUCUUAAGGAUAAUAGAGAUCUCCGCUUUGAAAAUCGUGAUGUGAAGACAGAGAAGAAAGAGUUGUAUGGUGAGGCAAGAAGGGAUUCUCAGAUUGGUAAGAGCGAGAAGGAUAUGCGUGUUGAAAGUAGAGGAGAUGACAACAAGGGUGCCAGAUAUGAAAGGGAUAGUCAUAAUGAUACGAAAGGUGACAUUAAAACAGAGAAGGACACCUUUGGUAUGGUUAGCAGCCCCUUGAAUUGGAAAGACUCAAGAGAUUAUAGGGGAAAAAGAUAUACUGAUUCUCCUAGUGGAAGUGUGGAUUCCCGACAUACAUCACGUGGAAAUACACCAGUAGAAGUUGGAAAGGAGAAUCCAACAGCCGAAGAAAGGGAAUGUUUGGAAGCCCGUGAGGCUGUUGGGGAAAACAAAAUUGACUCUAAAAGUGAAGAUAGAUUUAAAGAUAGAAAAAGAAGCGACAUGAAACAUCGGGAUUGGGGGGACAAGGAAAAAGAGAGAAGUGAUCGCAGAAACAGUACACAAGUUAACAAUAGCAUUGGUGAAAACAAAGAAUCUUCCAAAGAAGAUAGAGAUGCAGAAAAGCGGGAGAGGGAGAGGAAAGAUAUUCCAAAAAACAAAGAAAAUUCAAAAGAGAGGGAAAACGAGCAUAUCAAGAGGGAAUCAUGGAAUGUAAUGGAGAAAGACGCUUCACAUAAUGAGAAGGAACUUGGUGAUGGAUCAGCAAAAAUUCCUGAGCAUGAAACUAUGUUACCAGAACAGAAGAAACACAAAUAUGUUGACAGCUGGAAAAUGGUUGAUGGUGAACCUAGAGAUAGGAGGAAAGAACAGGACACUGAUUUAGAAGGAGAUCGGCCUGAUAAGCGCCGUAAAUUUGACAAGCAAUCAGAAGAUGGAUUUGCUGAUGGAGAAGGGACUGGAGAGAAAGAGAAGGAAGUGCAUAGUAAUAAUGUUCAGCAUCGUAAGAGGAUACAAAGAUCAAGGGCUAAUCCUCUUGUGACCAAUCUUGAGGCUCGUUUUGGAUCACACACUCAAGACAAUGAAGAGUCUCAAGGUAAAACAGAAGUAUCACAUGUUAUUUAUAGAGUUGGUGACAGCAUGCAAGAACUGAUCAAGUUGUGGAAGGAAUAUGAAUCAUCACAAUCUCAAGUGGAAAAAAAUGCUGAAAGCUCUAACGAUGAUGGCCCCACUCUUGAAAUUCGGAUACCAGCUGAGAAUGUUACUGCUACAAACCGCCAAGUCAGAGGUGGCCAGCUAUGGGGUACUGAUGUGUACACAUAUGACUCAGAUCUUGUUGCUGUUCUCAUGCAUACAGGUUACUGUCGCCCAACAGCUUCUGCUCCUCCCAUGGUCAUACAAGAGUUGCGCACAUGCAUUCGGGUGCUACCUCCACAAGAUUGCUAUAUUUCCACCCUGAGAAACAAUGUGCGUUCCCGAGCUUGGGGUGCUGCAAUUGGUUGUAGUUAUAAAGUUGAGCGGUGUUGCAUUGUGAAGAAAGGAGGUGGAACUAUCGAUCUUCAACCUUGCCUUACUUACACGUCAACUGUUGAGCCCACUCUUGCACCAAUGUCUGUUGAGCGGACAAUAACGACCAGGGCUGCAGCUUCGAAUGCAUUGCGGCAGCAAAGAUUUGUAAGAGAAGUCACAAUUCAGUACAACCUCUGCAAUGAACCCUGGGUCAAGUAUAGUAUUAGCAUUGUUGCCGACAAGGGACUAAAAAAGCCACUCUAUACAUCUGCUCGCUUGAAGAAGGGAGAGGUUCUGUAUCUGGAGACACACUCAUGCAGAUAUGAGCUUUGUUUUGCCGGGGAGAAAAUGGUCAAAGAUGUACCAGCAACUCAGUUGCACGAACCAGAUACAGAAAAGUCUCAAAAUCAUCACCUGCAUUCCACAAAUGGUGAAAAAGCUGAUUCUGAUAAUGUCAUGAUUGAUGUAUUUCGCUGGUCUUGUUGUAAGAAGCCUCUACCCCAGAAAGUGAUGCGCACAAUUGGCAUUCCCUUGCCUCUUGAAUACGUGGAGGUGCUAGAGGAAAAUCUAGACUGGGAAGAUGUACAAUGGUCUCAAACUGGUGUUUGGAUUGCAGGAAAGGAAUAUACCCUUGCUAGGGUGCAUUUCUUGUCGAUGAACUAAUUCAAAUGGGAGAUGAAUGCAAAACGGGUGUUGGGAUGACGUGUGUUCUUUUGUAUACUUCCAUGAUUAAAACAAAGUGUCUUUUCAUGUAACUAGAUUUUUUUUAUAUGUUCAAUAAAAAUGCUGUAGUUGUAUCUUAUAGAAAAAUGCUGUAGUUGUAGAUGCUGUCUUGAAAUUCACGUUGGAAUAACACUAGAGAUUUGUUACAUGUAGUAUUAAAUUGUAUUCAUAAUCUGUUAAUUUAUUACAAGAUGUUUGUUUAUUGGGCAA